GGGUGCUGUGCACACAGCCCUGGAACUACCACUCCCAUGAUGCCAGGCGAUUGUGACCUGGAGCCCCAUUGGUCUUCGUAGUGCGGUGCGCGCCGGGAGAUGUAGUCUCUUCCGCUCUGGAACUGUUGCUGGGGCAACGGUCCUCUGGGGCCUAAGGGUGCUGCCAGAGCGCUUUGGUGGCUUCAGUAGAUGGACAGCUUGGGAGGAGGUUGACCUGGAGGCUGCGGGGCCGAACUACCAGAUUUAAGAAAGGAAUUGCGUGGAAACUGGGCCCAUUCUCGAGGAUGACUUCAUCAAGAAAAACCAGAUACCCUGGGUAUGAUUUUUUUGGUGAUUUCAGUGAUAUUUCCUUAGAAGAUUCAAAGAUGGAAGAAAUCAGAAACUUGAAAAUCAGUAGAAGUCUUGCCAAAAUAGUACCUGGGCAUAGCAGAUUUCUAAAGAGGAACCAAAGUGUGGGCGAAAAACCCCCACUCCUGAAAGAACACAAUGUGCUGGGGAGUGGGCCCAGGUUCUCCUCUACUAGACCUCCAACCACUGCCUCAAAGCUCAGAGCCAACUCCGUGCUCUCCAGGCUGGCUCAGAUAGAAACCAAGAUCAUGAGCCGGAGGCUGCAGAGGGAUUUGUCUGACAUGGAAUCUGACCCCAAAACCUCUGACAGUCUUCCAAAGAGUGCAGACAAAAUUCCCCCCAGGAGUACAGCUGAACUCUCUUCACAGAAUACAGACUACACCCCCCAGAAACAAACCCAUGAAAUACCUGUCACUGAGAGCAACCCUCCAAAUGGGAGGGUUAGUAGGUUUCUAAAGAAGAGAGAACCAGCCAUUGAAAAUAUAUCUCCUGAAGCACUUUUGGGGAAAAAGAGGAAUUUUGAAACACCCAAAGAGAAAGAACCUAUUAGGAAGCUGGAUUCCCCAGACAGUGAUGAAGAGGAAGUAAAAGAGCUGCUAGGAAGUUUGAUAGAGUCUUCUAGAGAAAAAGAAACAUGUCUGAAGCAGGGUUGCACCAGAAGCACAGUCAGUGAAAAAGAACAAAUAAAAGUACUCUUGCAUCAGAUCCCAGUUCAACCAAGAGCCUUUUUCCUACCGAGCGAGAAGCUUUCCAGCCCAAAACCAGUCAGGACAUCGCAUGUGUCAACAUCCCAGGCAGCAGCCAGCACCCUGCGAAGCCUUGGCUCAAGAACUCACUCCCCACAGACCCACACUUUUGGCGGCACAGCCUCCGGCAUUGGUACCUUUUCGAAGUCAGUGCACUCCAAGACGGGGCAUGAUGACUACUUACCCUCACCAGGGAGGAGUGAGACUGGGCUGCAGGAAGACUUGCUCUCCAAAGCCACUGAUGAGAGCCUGAACGAUUUUAGGAUAAAUAUUUUAUCCCUUGAUGAUCUGACUCCAGCUGUCAGUGAGAAAUCAGAUUGGAAACAGAAGAAAGAAGGUCAGAGGGAAGAGACAUUUAGUGAAAGCCCCUGGGCAGUGGGCCCCCCCACUGGAAGUGAGGUGUCAGAGCACCUCAGUGAGCAGUCUGCACCCUCUGCCAGCCUAAUGCCAAUGUCUCAGGCAUGCACAGCCAGCACGGUGAGCUCUGGCUACUCAGAAGAUUUUGAAAAUUCUCCAAGCCCCACAGCUUCUGAGCUGACAAUGCACUCUGAGGAGUCUCCCUUGGACAGGACACUGGAUACCUGCUCUGAAUUCUCCUCCAGUCUGGAGACUGGCCUUCCCACACCCGUGCCCAAAUCUCGGAAGAAGCAGGCCAGAGACGUGACUAGAGUCAUUGUGAAGGAAACAGCUGUGCAGACCCUGGAACCCGCCUUCACCUACCAGUGGACAAAAGAGGCCGGUAUGGCAGCCAUCGGGCCAGCCCUGGGAGGUGCCUACGUGGACCCUGUGCCCAUUGCCAGUCAUGUGGUCAGCGCCGAUGCCAUCGAAGCCCUGACAGCUUACAGCCCAACUGUGUUCGCACUCAACGACCUGCUGAAGCAGCAGCUCAACCUGACGCAGCAGUUCAUGGAAUCUAGCCGGCACCUGCACAGGGCCCUCCUACAGUCCCUGGACCAAGAUACCUUCCACUACCAUACACUGGAGGAAACCAAAGAGUACAUCCGGCACCACAGGCCUGCCCUGCUGACCAUGGAGGAUGCGCUGAAGGAGGUGAAGGAGGAGCUGUGAAUGCCAGGUCAGGCAGAACAAGUUCGUCUGACCUCACAGUUGCUCCAGGACGCCGCCUGACAUGCACACACAUUCCCAUUGUGACAUUGAGUGGUGGGGACAGAUGGUGCCUGGGACUCAACUGAGCAAUCUUGGCUUCAACCUCUUCUAAGUCAGUAACUGACCUUACAGGCCUGCCCCACCCCGAGUAUACCUAGCACCUGAGGACACAAGACAGGCUAGCAGAGAUGAACCUCCAGGUGGAGUUAUGACUGUUCACCAUACAACAGUGGCCCAAUAGAGUUGCUCUACCUGACCAAGUGCUAGCUUCCUAACAAGUGAGGCAGAUGGCGGAAUUCCAAGCCCCAUCUAAUGAAACUAAUGUGACUAACAAGGCCACUGGCCAGGUGCCCAUGUGGCGACUCCCUUGAGAGAACAGGCUGAGUCAGAGGGCCACAAUCAGGCACCAUCUGCAUUCAACACACCUCCUCCCACUAAGCCCAGCAUACUUGUCACUUAAACACAAAAAGACUGAGGUCUUUAAAAAAAAAAAUCUUUAUUUGAAGGCAAAACAGUAAAAUCCACAAGAAAUUGUUAACAGCAUGUGUUUACGUUUUAUCCUGAAUCAGACACAUUUGAACAGUUCACAGCUACAGGAAAUCUAGAACAAAAUCAAAUAUUUUACCACAUCAGGUUGAAAAGUUGGAGAGGAUUUUGCAUCUUAUUGAAAAGAAUUUUUCAAAAAUGUUUCUGUACAAAUAAGCGGUGCUUAUCACACUGCCCACAGACAGUCACUGGUGGCUCAGGUGGAGGUGGCUCCCUGUUGGCCUGGCCUCCCUGUGGGCAGGUGGGUAGGUGGGGCUGAGGGAGUGACUGGAUGGGGAGACCCACAUUGGAUCUGAGUGGCCACCACAUGGGCACUGGUGCUCGGGCUCCUAAGAGAAAAUGUAACACCACACACUGAGGGCUUGAUUCUCUGUGGUAUCAUCCCCUAACCUGCAGAUGCCUCAGAUCAGCUUCCUCAGAACCUGUUUCUGCAGGUAAUAGCAAAUGGCUAACAUUCAGGAAAAAAAAUUCAACUUCAACAACUAAAAUAACUGAACUAAGGGCCAGCAUGUCUCAGAGGAAUCAGGUCUCCCAAUCUUUCACAGGGGUCAUCUCAGAUCAGUAAUUGUUUUUUUCUAAAACUAUUAAACCAUUUGGGAUUAAAAAUAAAAACGCUGUUUAACUUUACAA